GCAUCAUCCGGAUGGGCUUUGAGCGAGGGGUGGGUUUGCAUUCCGGCAUUGCGUCCCCCUAAGCUCUAUCUCAUGGGUUCCGAACUUCAUGCCUUGCUAUCCAAGCUUUACCGUUCAUCCUGUCCAAACCCCUUUCAACAGACUCUUGCGAAUUUCAACUCUCAUCAGAAUAGUAGCUAUAAUUUCCCCAACAGUCAGCAGUCGGAGCUAUCGAUCAUGCAAUCCUUUGAGCCUGCAUAUCCUUCGAUUCAGUUUCGUGUUCCCCCUGGUGUGUGCCUGGGGAGGGGAAACAACCCUGGUCAAACUUGCAUCCUUCCACUUCGCCUCGAUGGCAUGGAGCGUGCAGCAUUCAAAUAAAAUCUACGCCCCAUCUGUUUCCUCGAUCAGCGGAACAUCGCGAUGUUUUUCUUUGCUAUUGCCAUCGCUCUUUUUGGUGUAAACGCGGGGAGGGUGCGUUGCGAUCCUGUUUCUGAUGCUCUGAGCGCAAUACCCACAGCAACGAUCAGCGACGGCAAAAUUGUCGGUACAACUACGAACAUUGCAGGACCGACCGGGUUAAUAGCCGUGAACAAGUUCCUCGGCAUCCCGUUUGCUUCACCUCCGACUGAUUCUGCACGAUUUACACCACCCAAACCGCCCGUGAAAUGGAGUAGUAAGGACACGAAGGAAUUUAAGCCGGCAUGCAUCCAAGUAUUUGCUCCAGUAGCCAAUCGCACCUUCGUUGAAGAGGUCUUCAAUAACCCUCCACCAGCCGCUGGAGAGAACGAAGAUUGCUUGUACCUGAAUGUCUUUGCGCCUAAGAAGAAAUGGGAUUCUUCCAAACCACCAUACCCUGUCAUGUACUGGAUGUAUGGUGGAGGCUGGAAAUUUGGGGCUUCGUCGCUACAACUAUACGAUGGCGCUCAUUUCGCGGCAUUAGAAGAUAUAAUUAUCGUCACAGUAAACUAUCGGACAAAUGCUUUCGGCCUUCCCCAGGCUCCUACGAUCAAGAAUGUAACAGAGCGCAAUCUUGCAUUGCUCGACCAACGUGCUGGUCUCGCCUGGGUCCAGAGCAAUAUCGACCAAUUCGGCGGUGACAAAUCUCGGGUCACCAUAUUUGGAGAAUCUGCUGGCUCUGUUGCUACGGACAUCUUAGUCACUAGUUAUCCCAAAGGUUCAAAGCCACCAUUCAGUUCUGCAAUCAUGGAAAGCGGAUCAUAUGCCUAUCUCCCAUUGGCAAACUGCAACAACAGCGACUUUACAAUCUGGAAUGGUCUUGUAGACGCCCUUGGCUGCACAAAUACGAAUCCUGAUGCUGCGUUUGCGUGCGUGAAAGGAAAGCCAGCUGCCGACAUCAAAAACGCCCAGGAAUUAUACCCAGCCAUAACGUUCGGCUUUGCUUGUGACAAUUACACCUUUGUCUCCGACCCGCGGUCUAGGAUGGAAGUUGGCAAUGUUGCUCAAGUUCCCGUUCUGAUGGGUUCGAAUACGCAAGAUGGUAGCUUCUACGCCAACUUUUAUGCGAAUUAUUCGUUUGAUAUUUACUGGGGUGGUACCUUUGGCUUCGCGACUCCGGCGAUUGUCGCUCAAUAUCAAAAAGUGAAGGAUGCGUAUCCCAUUGGAAGUGAAGGGCGAGUGGAUCUCGUAACGCAAUUAACACAGAUUGCUACGGAUUGGAAUUUCCACUGCCCCGCCCUCCUAAACGCAGCAACAUCUUCCAAAUACAUAGACACAUACCGCUACCUCUUCAACGCCAGCUUCCCUAACACCCGCAUUAACGAUCCAACGCGCUGGCCCGAAAAGUAUCAAGGUGCAUACCACAGCUCCGAGAUCCAGAUUGUCUUCAAUACAGCCCCUUCUGCAGGCGCUACGCCUGAGGAGCAGAAAUUGUCGGAGACUAUGCGGAAGGCAUGGGCAGCCUUUGCGAGGAAUCCGAACCAGGCGCCUAUAACCGGGUGGACAAAGAGCGGAAGUGACGGAUUGGAUGCGAUGAUGUUUGGGAAGGGGAGUCCUGGGGAUAGUGGUAUGGUGAAGGAUUCGAACAAGUGUGAUGUUUGGAAGCAGUUUAUUAUUGAUCUCCAUGCUUGA